AUGGAAAAUCCAACCCAAGUGCAACAUUUUGAAGAUGAAGAUGAACAUAUUUUCCGUAGCAAAUACCCACCGGUUUCAGUGCCGGAUAACUUGACGUUGCCGGAAUUUGUUCUCCAGGAUGCUGAGUUAUAUGCUGACAAGGUAGCAUUCGUUGAAGCAGUGUCCGGGAAAUCAUAUACGUACCGUGAUGUGGUUAGGGACACGACGAGGUUUGCCAAGGCCUUGAGGUCGCUUGGCCUUAGGAAAGGCCAUGUAGUUCUGGUAUUACUCCCAAAUAUUGCUGAGUAUGGCAUUGUUGCUCUUGGAAUCAUGGCUGCCGGCGGUGUUUUCUCAGGUGCAAACCCCGCAUCGCACCCAUCGGAAAUAAAGAAACAAGCUGAUGCUGCAAAUGCUAAGUUGAUAGUAACAAAUGGCCCAAACUAUGAAAAGGUGAAGAAUCUCGAGCAACCCGUCGUUGUGAUAGGCGAGGAGCACAUUGAAGGCGCCACGAAUUGGGACGAGUUGCUGGAAGCCGGGGACCGUGCAGGUACAGGCACUCGGUUUACUAAGGAAGAAGUUCUCCAGAGUGAUCUAUGUGCCCUCCCAUUCUCAUCAGGCACCACAGGAAUUUCAAAGGGUGUAAUGCUGACCCAUAAAAACUUAGUGGCUAACUUAUGCUCCUCGCUCUUUAGUGUUGGAUCAGAGAUGAUCGGUGAAGUCACCACAUUAGGCCUAAUUCCUUUCUUCCACAUUUAUGGUAUCACCGGAAUAUGUUGUGCCACACUUAGGAACAAAGGGAAAGUGGUGGUCAUGAAUAGGUUCGAUCUUCGGACAUUCCUCAAUUCACUGAUCACACAAGAGGUCACAUUUGCCCCCAUUGUGCCACCGAUAAUUCUGGCCCUGGUUAAGAACCCCAUAGUUGAGGAAUUUGAUCUUAGUAAGCUCAAACUCAGGGCUAUAAUGACUGCAGCAGCUCCAUUAGCCCCUGAGGUUCUUGCUUCGUUCGAAAACAAGUUUCCUGGUGUCCAAGUCCAAGAGGCAUAUGGACUAACUGAGCAUAGCUGCAUCACACUCACCCAUGGAAACCCCAUGAAAGGCCAUGACACUGCAAAGAAAAACUCAGUUGGGUUUAUCCUUCCUAAUCUAGAGAUCAAGUUCAUCGAUCCUGAUACCGGUCGAUCCCUUCCGAAGAAUACCCCGGGCGAAUUGUGUGUCAGGAGCCAAUGUGUAAUGCAAGGUUACUAUAAAAACAAGGAGGAGACAAAUCGAACCAUUGACAAGAAUGGAUGGCUCCAUACUGGUGACAUUGCUUAUAUAGAUGAUGAUGGAGAUAUUUUCAUUGUGGAUCGCAUAAAGGAGUUAAUCAAGUAUAAGGGUUUUCAAGUAGCUCCAGCGGAACUAGAAGCCAUCCUCCUUACUCAUUCCUCAGUUGAAGAUGCAGCAGUGGUGCCGCUGCCUGACGAAGAAGCAGGGGAAAUCCCGGCGGCAUGCGUUGUGAUGAACCCAAAUGCCAAAGAAAACGAAAGGGACAUAAUGGAGUAUGUAGCCUCCAAUGUUGCACACUACAAGAAAGUGAGGGUUCUGCAAUUUGUGGACACCAUUCCCAAAUCCCCAUCUGGCAAAAUCAUGCGAAGGCUUUUGAAAGAUAAGAUGAUGGAAAAUAUGCCCAAACCCCCUUCCUAUUCCUAA